AUGUCAGAGGACUUUGAGUCGCUGCCUCCAGCAGUACGAAGAAAGUUCUUCUCGAAUGUCGAGCGGUUGCGGAUUCGGCUAGCUCAGAGCGAUCACGGUUCCCCUACGUGCUCGACGUCAAAUCAUCAGACCGAGAAUCGGGUCUAUCGAACCCCUCGUUUUGGGUCUCACUAUCACUCGCGUGGUUUACGGAACGGAUCAAGGAAGCGAGGGCUCGAGAAGCGUGCUUCUCCUUCCAAAAAAUUACGCAAAUCCGGUUCUCUUCAAUUGGCCUACCUGGCCGCCCAGGCGGACUCUCAUCUCAUCUACGACGCUGCCGACGAAGCUUACCGUCGAGAUUCUGGGAACUCUCGCCCUUCCACCGACACUCACCCCUCCCAGACAACUGUGUCUUUUGUUCAGCCAUCGACCGUUUUUUAUUCGGACUCCGAAUCGGAUGAAGAAGAUCCAAACAUGGAUGAAACAUUCCAUGACAGUUUCCGGUGGCUCGACGAGGAUGGCGAUCUAGAUUUGUCUCUCGAUGAAUACCACGCUCAUGUGGCAGAUGCUGCCACAAAAAAGAGAACCCGCCCCUCUUUCCGUCGCUCCUUAUCAUUUUCCAACCAUCUUCGCAAAACAUUAGAAAUCACCCCCGUUUCAGCUCGGGGACUCCCGCCUGUCAACCGAUCUCAGCCUGUCACCCCUCUCUCCAACCAAACCCCCGAAUCGCGCCCAUCAUCCAGCCAACGAUUCCAACAUAUUCCGAAAUCAUCCACCUCGAGCAUUGACCCCUGUGCACAAUACUACCAAGACCCCGAUGCCCGUUUGAAACUGCGCGUAUACCUGGCAUCCCCACAAAAGUUCGACGAAGCCAUUGAGUUCGGAUUUCCCUCGCUGGAUCAAAAUAAGGAGAAUAUCGACCCAGAACCAAUCACACCACAACAAAGUUCACCGAUACCCACCCUGGUCAAUUCGGACUUUGGCACAUUCUUCGAAGAUGACGAUGGCACGAUGGUGGGGAGCCCAGGGGGAUCGGUAGAAAAUGAACCAAUCCCUUCGCCCGUGUUCACACACCGGGAUGGGCCCCGACCCUCGAUGGAAUCAUCGGCCCUCUUGCAGCGACGCCAAUCCUGGAUGCCUGGGGCCAAGGGAGUCCCACAACGGCUUCCGGGAAACCGUGAGAUGACACUCAAAAUGACCCUCACUCGACCCGACCUCCGCACCGAUUCUCCCACCCCUCCUGCUUCUUCCAAAGAAAAGGAAGAUCCCUUGCGAUUGGCUGCACUUCCACCUGCGGAUCGCAGCCAGUCGAUCUGGAACUCCGACUUGGACGAUCAAGGGAUGGUGAAGAAGAUGUGGCGUAAGCUCCGACGCCGAGUUUGA